AUGAACCUUCCAGAUUCUUCUUCCCCGACCGGAGUUCUCGAAGAAUUCUUCAGAACCGAAGAAUUCGGACCAAUCUCCGAGCGGACCAAGAACCAAUCCUCUCGUUUCCGCAAGAUCGUUCAACUUCUCGGAAGCAGAUCCAAAAAGUCGAUCGAGAAUCUGAAGAACAACAAUGCCAUUAAAUCCUCUUUGAGAAGAUGCAGUAGCAUGAGAGACAAUCUCAGAUUUGGCUCCACUGAUCUUCUUCUCUCUCCCCGAAGAAUCUUCACCUUUUCUGACCUCAAGUUCGCUACAAACAAUUUCGCUUUAGAGAAUCUGAUUGGAAAAGGAGGCUACGCAGAAGUUUACAAGGGGAGGUUAUCAAAUGGACAAAUGGUAGCGAUAAAACGGUUGAUGCGGGGAGACAGCGAAGAGAACAUUGACGAUUUUCUUUCGGAGAUGGGUAUAAUGGCACAUGUAAACCAUCCCAACAUAGCCAAGCUUUUAGGUUAUGGGGUUGAAGGAGGAAUGCACUUUGUUCUUGAGUUAUCGCCUCAUGGGAGCUUAGCUUCUAUGCUUUAUAACUCCAAGGAGAAGAUGAAAUGGAGCAUCAGGUACAAGAUAGCAUUGGGAGUUGCAGAGGGUUUGGUGUAUCUUCACAGUGGAUGUCACAGGAGAAUUAUACACAGAGAUAUCAAAGCCGCAAACAUUCUUCUCACACACAAUUUUUCGCCUCAGAUAUGCGACUUUGGGCUUGCAAAAUGGCUACCUGAACAUUGGACUCACCAUGUUGUUUCCAAGUUUGAGGGCACAUUUGGAUAUCUUGCUCCGGAGUACUUAACUCACGGGAUCGUAGAUGAAAAAACCGAUGUAUUUGCCUUGGGUGUACUUUUACUGGAACUUGUUACUGGACGACGAGCGCUUGACUACUCCAAACAAAGUCUUGUUCUGUGGGCUAAACCAUUGAUGAAGAAAAACAAAAUUGGAGAGCUAAUCGAUCCAUCUCUGGCGGGUGAGUACGAGUGGAUGCAGAUUAAACUUGUGCUUUUGGCUGCUUCGUUAUCAAUCCAACAGUCAUCGAUACUGAGGCCUGAGAUGAGUCAGGUGGUUGAGAUCCUCAAAGGAAAUUUGAACGAUCUCAAAUGUAUCAUAAAAUGUAGAGUUCCCUUUUAUCGGAAAGCAUUUAGAGAUGAACUCGGCAAGAGAGAGUAG